AUGUAUCCAUUUGUGUACCAAGCACUAGAGGAUGAGCAAGCAGACACAGCAAGUUCAUCCGACCACCAGCGUACACAAUAUCAAGGUCAAACAGUUGACCUGAACCUCAAUCUAUCACCACCUCAUUCGGCGACCCAGAACCCAGUCAAUUACAUUCAACCGGUAUAUUCCCCGUCCGGUCCGCAGUAUCCAUUUCCCGGUCAAUAUCCAUACCCGAUCCCUCUUCCUCAGUAUGGGUGUUGGCCCGGAACGCCGAUGUAUUACCCACCACCGGCCGAAUAUCCACAAUAUAUGCCUGCGUACACGGCUCCAGCUUCCGCUCCUCCGAUUUACCCGACCAUGCCGACCGAGCCGGAGCUUCAGCCCGCUCUCCGGGCUAGGCACUCGGCUCGUUCGAGGUUGGGGUCGCAGGGUGCCGAGGCUUUGGAGGAACCACGGCAGGCUCAACAUGUUCAGCCGGAAACACACGCUCAGGUGGCUGAAGACCCUGAGAUAGAAGCCAACUGGGCGAUGGCAUUCGAGCGACUCUGA